CAGCGGCGGCGGACGCCCAAGCCGCCGGCCUGCCCACCCGCGUGCGCACGGAGUCCUAGCCGCUCGGGGGCCCGAGCGGAGCGGACCGUACCACCGCCGGGAGGCGCGCAGGGGGGACAGCCGGGGCCCGCCCCGCCAGCGCUGCCGAACCCGGGCGCCCGAAGAGUACGAGGAGGAGGCCGGCUGCCGCCGGGGGCGCUGCUGCGGCCCGCGGGAACCGGGGCGGGCGCUGAAGCCGGCGUGAGGCGGGAGCCGGGGCGCGGAGGAGCCGAGCCCUCGCCGGCCGCCGCGGCCAUGGCCGAGACCGAGGAGCGCAGCCUCGACAACUUUUUCGCCAAGAGGGACAAGAAGAAGAAGAAGGAGCGGAGCGGCCGGGCUGCGGGCGCUGCCGCCGCCGGGGGAGCCGGGGCCGCGGGGGCCGGAGCCGGGGCCGCGGGGGCCGGAGCCGGCGGGGCCGGGGCCGGGGGCGGCGGCGGGGGCGUCAGGCCGGCCGAGGGGGCGGCGGGGGCCGCGGGGGCCGCAGGGCCCGGAGCGGCCGCCAAAACCAAGGAUGAAGACGAAUGGAAAGAGUUCGAGCAAAAAGAAAUUGAUUACAGUGGGCUCAGAGUUCAAGCAAUGCAGAUAAGUGAAAAGGAAGAAGAUGAUAAUGAAAAGAGAGAAGAUCCAGGAGAUAACUGGGAAGAAACUGGUGGUGGUGGCACAGAAAAAUCAUCUGGUCCUUGGAAUAAAACAGCUCCUGUUCAAGCACCUGCUCCAAGUAUUGUUACAGAAACCCCAGAACCUGUUAUGAGUGGUGGUGUAUACAGGCCUCCUGGUGCCAGGGUGACUUCAACGAGGAAAACACCACAAGGACCACCAGAAAUAUACAGUGAUACACAGUUCCCAUCAUUGCAGUCCACUGCCAAGCAUGUAGAAAGUCGGAAGGAUAAAGAAAUGGAGAAGAGCUUUGAAGUAGUAAGACACAGAAAUAGAGGUAGGGAUGAGGUUUCCAAAAACCAGGCACUUAAACUGCAUCUAGACAACCAGUAUGCUGUGCUGGGGGAUCAGUAAAGCUGCCCACACAGGCCCGUUAAGGAAUGGCUUUUUGAUAACCCUCCUACUAAGGUAACUAAACUCCAGCUAAUGGCCAUGAACAACAAGCCACCUGGUGAUGUCUGCCGCAUCUCCUGCAGCACAUAUAGACUGUUUGACAUCAGCAGAUGACCGGCUGAACUGCUGCCCUGUGGAAGCUUAAUGUGUUGUACACCAUUGGAUGUGGGGGAAUUCUCAAUGUUAUAAAUUGCUUGAACUAGAUUCACCAGUGUUCUUUGAAUUGUUCUGCAAAAAAACAAAAACCAAAACAAACCUGCAGCCAGUGGUCAUUUCGAAAUCUUUUUA